UUAAGGCCUCCCACCAGCGGCGCCGCUGUAGCCGCGCGAGGGUCUGACUUCCGUUUAAGCAUUUAAGCUUCCACCGGAAGUGUGCUUGUCCUCUUCUACCAGGCCGAUCCAACAUGGGACGAGUCAGGACCAAGACGGUGAAGAAGGCCGCCAGGGUCAUCAUCGAGAAAUACUACACCCGGCUGGGAAACGAUUUCCACACCAACAAGAGGGUGUGUGAGGAGAUCGCCAUCAUUCCCAGCAAGAAGCUCCGCAACAAGAUCGCUGGAUAUGUGACACAUUUGAUGAAGAGGAUCCAGAGGGGUCCGGUCAGAGGAAUUUCCAUCAAACUGCAGGAGGAGGAGAGAGAGCGAAGGGACAACUAUGUACCAGAGGUUUCUGCUCUGGACCAGGAGCUGAUUGAAGUUGAUCCUGACACCAAGGAGAUGCUGAAGCUGCUGGACUUCGGCAGCCUAUCCAACCUGCAGGUGACCCAGCCCACCGUCGGCAUGAACUUCAAGCAGCCCCGAGGAGUCUAGUCUGUAAAGUAUCUUCUAAUAAAACCCUUUGGGACAAACUUCUGCUGUGCAGGACUGGUGAUUCCGAUUUAGAAAUUAAAGGAACUUUUCUGUAAUUUGGAGAAUAAAUGAGGAGAAAACUGAAGAUAACA